AUGAGCCCCGACGCCUCGACGCGAUCCUCUGCUCUUCGGCUUCCUGCACGGGCUCUUCACUCGCGUGCAGUCUAUCCAUCGCAUUGGCGUCAAUUGCAAAGGCACCGGGGCCACGGCCAAAGCGCAAAUCCCGUGGCCGGGGCCUCCGUGCGACAACCGGGUGUGUCAUCUGCAAACGACGACAUGUCAAGUGUGACGAGGUAUGGGUUGAACUCCGUUCCCAGACGGCCUGAACAUCAUCUGGCUCGACCCCAUUGUGGUCCCUGUGCAAAGGGCCUGCGACCGUGUAUCUACGCACCCCAAAGCACGACUGAUGCUGCCACCACAUCCACCAUUCUCACAACCACUUCAAAACCAGCGACGCCCCUCGUCUCCACGCCGCAACUCGGCUCAAGAUCAUCCAGAGGGGAGGCACAGCCGCAUUAUACCACAGCAGAGCAACAUGGGCCCCUGCAAGUCCUGGUCGAUGCCUGCCACCAGAAGCAGCCGAUGCAAGACGAGAAAUCACCACACGACGGUCGUGAGAGGAUCGAGAGACUUGAAAGAUCGUUUCUCUACCCUGACAUACAGCAACGACAGCAAUCGCAGUAUCAAGCUGCACCCAUCUCCCCCUCCCCGAUCAUUCCUUCCGCCAAUUCCCCUUAUGGCUAUGUCUCCUCUCCAGGAACGGAAAGCUCAGCAUCUACUCGAGUAGCACCGCUCAGCUGGUUUGAGCUUUUAGCAACUGAUGCUGCGAAUGCCAACGAUCGGUUCCUUCUGUCGCCGCCGCAACAAUUCCCGCGCACCCAUCGAGAUCCUGUCGACUAUCCAGAGGAUCGCGAUCAAACCGGGGAAGAUCCCCGUCACAGUUCAAACCUGCGGCCUCGGAAUCUUCGGGAAAGCGAAAGCUUUUAUGCAGCGGCCUUCCGACGCGACGCUGGGAUCGAGCAACGACUUGCACCCCAGCAGCCUACGGGGGAUGGAGAUUCGGUGAUCUCGGAUGGUCCAUCCUCCUGGACCACUUCCUCUCCCGUCCAAUUAUCCAGUUUGGAACAUUCUUUGUUUACCCACUUCGUGCGCGUUUCGAGCAAGUGGUUAGAUUUCUAUGAUCCGCUCCAGCACUUUGCCUCUGUGGUUCCGCAUCUGGCAUUGCGGAAUGUAGGGUUAAUGAAGGCUUUGCUGGCCCUUUCCACAAGGCACCUGUCUCUUGAAAUGGAGAUGCGAGAGCAGGGGGCGAUGUCGGCAUCGGUGGCGCCCGAUGAUACUUCCUCGACUCGAUCCCAUGCCAUUGACCGUAACCUGGCGGUCCAAUACUACUAUGAAACAAUGCACUACCUCAACAGAGCCAUGCGGCAUCCUUCAUAUGCCCGCAGUCAUGAAGUGAUUGCAACUUCCCUGCUCAUCAGCACAUAUGAGAUGAUUGACGGGUCGAAUCAGGACUGGGAGCGGCACCUCAAGGGCGUCUUUUGGAUCCAACGAUUCCAAGACAAUGAUGGAGAGACCGGUGGGCUUCGAUCCGCUGUGUGGUGGGCCUGGCUUCGGCAAGAUGUAUGGGUGGCCAUGAGGGAGCGGCGUCGCGUCUUUAGCUUCUGGCAGCCGAAACGACCACUGUCAGUUUUGACAGCUCCUGAGCUGGCUACUCGAGCUACCUAUCUUCUUGGCCAAUGCGUCAACUACGCGUCCAAGGAAGAGCAAGAGACAUCUGAUUUGUCUCGGCGCCUUGAACGGGGCAGCGAGCUGCUAUUCUUGCUUCAGGAAUGGUAUGAUCAUCUACCUGAAGAGUACAGCCCUCUUCCCAUGGCUUCUGGUACGACUGUCUUCCCACACAUUUGGAUUCAUCCACCAAGUUAUGCGGCUGCGUUGCAGAUCCAUAGUCUGGCAAGGGUCUUGGUUAUUCUUCACCGUCCUUCUUCCGGUGGUCUCGACGACUACCGAGCAGCACAAAAGCUGUUGACCUUGUCAGUCAACACAAUAUGCGGAAUUGCACGAACCGUUGAUGAGUCAGAACAAGCGGCCAGCAUUGUCUCUCUUCACUGUGUAUUUGGUGCUGGUAUGUGUGUGUAUACCCCUCAUGAACGACUUGCCUUGUUGGAUCUCUUGGACUCCUGUCAGAGGCGUGUGCGCUGGCCGUCAAGAUCUCUGAGGAAGGAACUCGAGCUGGAAUAUGGGAAAGAUGAAUCCGCGAAUCUGGCUAGAUGA